CUCUAGUCUAUCCCUCUAGCUGCACUUGUUACAGCUCCUCUCUAUCACCUUCAUCACAGCACCAGUGUCUUCUUCACCAAAAAGGAAACCGACGAUGUCCGGCAUCAUGAAAGUGUUUGUGCUCCUGGCUGUCAUGGUCUGCAUCUCUGAAGCCCAAAUGGGUCACACAUCAGGAAAACAGUGUCUGUGUCAAAAAAUGAGGGAUAGAAUCACCUCAAAGAAUGACAUAAAGGACAUCCAGGUCUACUCAGCAACCAUCUUCUGUGACAAAGUGGAGAUUGUUGUCUCCCUCAACAGCGGCCGUCGCUAUUGCCUGAACCCCAAGUUGGAGGCAGUGCAAAAACUCAUGGCUUCCAUCAUGAAACAGGGAACCUCUUCUACAGCCAGACCAACUAAGCUCACCUCCACCACCAACACAGCUCGCGUCUGACUCUUUAAGUCCUCCGAUCAAUAUGAAGAGCAGAUGACCUCUGACCCCCACAAACAAAGGCACCUUAAACGAAUGCAGAUGUCGUUGAAUUAAACUGUUUGUCUAUUUAUCCUAUAUUUAUACUGAUGUGCACUUACAGUAUGAUCUCCGUUCCAUUUUAUUUCCUUUUAUCUGUUUUUGUAAAUAGAUGUAUGUGUUGUGAACCAAGUUGUAUGCAUUUUUAGUAAUGUCAGUGUUGUUUUGAUAAUAAAUUAAAAAAAGAAAUCAAAG